GAUGUAUCUGCAAAUCUCAGUUUUUCUUCUGUUCAGUCUUUUCACUGCAGGGCACUCUCUCAGAUGUUACGAGUGUAUGAGUCUGACGGGAUCCUGUACAAAUCAAAAUGCGACAACAUGUCCAAGUGGAUCUACCAAGUGCAUGACUAUGACAACCGUGGCAGAAGUUGGUCCCAUUAAGAUGACCAGUACAUCUAAAAUGUGUUCACCUUCAUGUGACCCUGGGACCCAACAGAUCGCGAUUGGGUCAGUAACUACCCAGUGCUGUGACACUGACCUCUGCAAUGCUGCAGAUGGCAUGUACAAGGCAAGCUUCCUGCUGCUGUUGUCUCCUCUGCUCUUCUACUUCCUGGUUCAGUGAAUACACUUCAGAUUCUACAGCUGCAGAAGAAACUGAAUGAUACACAUAUUUCUAUUCAUACUUUACUGAAUGAAGUGUGCAUGAUGUUCUGCUGUUCUUUGGUAAUCAUGAUUUGGGGAAAAGAAAAUCUGUAUUUUAAUAAACAUAUUAAACAAAAUUGUGCAUCAACACUGUAACAGACAAAUAACUAUUACAAUUUAAAUCACUAAUAUAUAGAGAUUUCCAAUAUCCGCAGUAAUUUUGUAGCAUGCUCCGUCAAGACUAUGUAUUUCCCUUAUAUUUCCUCUUCCCCUUUCUUGUCAUAUAUUCAAAUGUGUAUUUGCCUAUAAAAAUAAAAAGAAUAACAGAAUGCAAUACAU